CUAGCAGCAUUUUUCCGCUCAGUCCUCUGUGGGACCUACCAGCAAGGUUUCAAUCCAUUUUCUGCUUGUGAAGAACGGUGGAGGAAGAGCAACUUCCAAUUCCAGCCAUAUCAGUAUCAGAUCAACUGUCAAUCUAUUCAACCUUUCAACAACAAAACCAAUCGCUAUUAAAAAAACACACAAAUCCUUAAAUCAAUGAAACAUACACGACCUUCCCAUCCUCACUAAACAAGUAAUGCUUCUCAAAUGUUUCGUUCUUCUCUCAAAAAACUCAUUCUCACACCCACACAUAAUAGAUUCCUUCACUCUUCUCUUCCUCUCCAAUGGAAGCUUCGAGAAGAAACAACAAACCUCCCACAACCACAACUCCUCGACCGAAUCUCCCGCCUUCUCAUCCUCAACCGUCCUCAAUCCAUCCAAAAUCUCUCCUUCAAAUUCUCCGACCACCUCACCGACUCCCUCCUCCGCCAUCUCCGUCAUCACCCCUCUGCCUGCCUCUCCUUCUUCCAACUCGCCACACAACACUCUCACUACCGCCCUCAUUCCCUUUCCUACUCUCUCCUCCUCCACAUCCUCGCCCGCGCUCGCCUUUUUCCCGAAACAACCUCCGUUCUUUGCCAACUCGUGGACCUUCAUUGCACCAAUAACUACCGUGCUUUCGCUGUUUGUAACCAUGUCUUUGAUGUGUACAAUGAGUUUGGAUUUUCCCCUGCAGUUUUUGAUAUGAUUCUUAAGGCUUUUGUGGAGAAAGGGAUGACUAAACAUGCACUCUACGUGUUUGACAAAAUGGGAAGGCUUGGUAGAGUGCCUAGUUUGAGGUCCUGCAGUUUCUUGCUGGCCAAGUUAGUUAACAAGGGGGAAGCGAAUACUGCUAUCAUGGUGUUUGAUCAGAUUGUAAGGAUUGGGAUUGUUCCUGAUGUUUAUAUGUUUAGCAUUGUUGUGAAUGCACAUUGUCGGGUUGGAAGAGUGGAUAAGGCGAUGGAAGGUUUGGAGAAGAUGGUGAAAGAGGGGUUAGACCCUAAUGUUGUUACUUACAAUGGUUUGAUUAAUGGGUAUGUUAGUCGAGGGGAUGUGGUAGGAGCUGAGAGGGUGUUGAGUUUGAUGUCUGAAAGAGGGGUUUCGCGGAAUGUGGUUACUUGCACGAUGUUGAUGAAGGGUUACUGUAAGCGGCAGACGAUGGAUGAGGCGGAGAAGUUGCUCCGGGAAGUGGAGGAGGAUCAGUUGUUGGUCGUUGAUGAACGUGUUUAUGGUGUACUGGUGGAUGGUUAUUGUCAAAUGGGGAGAAUGGAUGAUGCUGUUAGGAUUCGAGAUGAGAUGUUGAGGGUUGGAUUGAAGAUGAAUAUGGUUAUUUGUAACAUGUUGGUUAAUGGAUAUUGUAAGCAUGGUAAGGUUUGUGAAGCUGAGCAAGUGUUUAGAGGGAUGGUGGAUUGGGGAUUAAGGCCGGAUUGUUAUAGCUAUAAUACACUAUUAGAUGGAUACUGCAGAGAAGGGAAAAUGAAGAAGGCUUUUAUGCUUUGUGAGGAGAUGUUAGGGGAAGAGAUUACUCCAUCGGUUGUGACAUAUAAUACUGUUCUGAAGGGAUCAAUUCAUGCUGGUUCCUAUGACGAUGCUUUGCGCCUUUGGCAUUUGAUGGUGGAUAGGGGCGUAGCUCCGAAUGAGGUCAGCUAUUGUACUAUGCUUGAUUGCUUUUUCAGGAUGGGAGAUUCUGACAGGGCUAUGAGGCUUUGGAAAGAAAUUUUAGGCCGAGGUUUUACAAAGAGCGCAGUUGCGUUCAAUACAAUGAUCAAUGGAUUGUGUAAGACUGGGAAAGUCAUCGAAGCAGAGGCUGUUUUUAAAAGAAUGAUUGAACUUGGAUUGUUGCCGGAUGAAAUAACGUAUAGGACAUUGAGUGAUGGAUAUUGUAAAAAUGGAAAUGUUGUGGAAGCUUUUAAAAUUAAAGCUGUGAUGGAAAGACAGGCAAUAUCGCCUUCGAUUGAAAUGUACAAUUCCAUUAUUAAUGGUCUUUUUAAGGUUAGGAAAUCAAAUGGUGUUGCUCAUCUCCUUGUUGAGAUGCAAACAAGAGGAUUAUCACCAAAUGUUGUUACCUAUGGAACCCUUGUUUCUGGUUUGUGCGAUGAACAAAAGCUGGACAAAGCUUUUAAUAUAUAUUUCGAGAUGAUCAAAAGAGGGUUCACCCCCAAUUUGGUGGUCUGUAGCAAAAUUGUUAGCAGCCUUUAUCGAGAUGGUAGAAUCAAUGAAGCAACUGUGAUCCUUGAAAAGAUGGUUGACUUCGAUAUUCUUACAGUUCAUAAAUGUUCUGGUAAGUCUGUAAAAAACGAUAUAAGUCUAGAAGCUCAGAAAAUCGCUGAUUCGCUUGAUAAAAGUGCUAUGUGUAAUUCUCUUCCAAAUAACAUUGUGUACAACAUAGUUAUAGCUGGACUUUCCAAGUCUGGAAAGGUUGAUGAAGCCAGACGCGUUCUGUCAGUUUUGAUGUCCAGAGGUUUUCUUUCAGAUAAUUUCACAUAUUGUACAUUAAUUCAUGCCUGUUUAGCUUCUGGAAAUGUGGAUGAAGCUUUCAAGUUAAGGGAUGAAAUGCUGGAGAGAGGUCUUGUUCCAAAUAUUACUACAUACAACGCAUUAAUAAAUGGUUUGUGCAAAUUAGGAAAUAUUGAUCGAGCACAAAAACUUUUCCAUAAACUUCAUCAAAAGGGUUUAGUUCCUAAUGCUGUCACCUAUAAUAUACUAAUCAGUGGCUACUGCAAAAUUGGUGAUCUUGAUAAAGCCUCUAAAUUGAGAGAGAAGAUGAUAGAAGAAGGGAUUUCUACUCGUACUCGGCCUUGAUCAGUGGUUGUUUGAGAGGAAUUUUAACUUUUGAAUCAGUUUUGGCCUGCAAUUAUUAAAAUUUGAGGCCAAUCAAUGUCCCAUAUAGAUGGAACUCAUCCACUUUGAUGCAUGAGGAACAGCCAAUUAAACAACGGAAGCCACUUUUUCCCUGUAACGGUCAAUCAUUUGAUUUCCAU